CUCAUACAGCUUCAACUGAUCGCAAGUCAAUAUGUCUGACGCCGACUUCGUCACGAUUAGGAAGCUUCAGGCUGAGCGGAAUGCCGCUUCUGCUGGUAAGAAGGGGUCAAAGACAUUUGAUCCUUCUAAUCAGCGAACUGAUGUCUCCACCAAGGCCUCCCUGACGGAUAGCUUCGAUACCACCCUUUACGAACGUGAUGGAGGCGACAAGUUUGCAGGCUACAACACAUCUAUUGCCGUUACAGAUGGAGAUGACGAUACGGAGAUGGAGGAGGACACUAGCAGGCGGCUAGUGGGACAGUACACAGCUUCGAAGGAUCAGAUGAAUGAGUUCGCUCACGGCAACGGGGUCGAAGAGGAGGACAUUCUCUUGGGAAGAGAGAAGAGUGCACGUAUCGCUGAUCGUGAGACCGAUUAUCAGAAGAAACGCUUCAACCGAGUCCUCACUCCAACGAGAGCCGACCCUUUCGCAGCGAAUCGCCAAGCAGGAGCAGCAGACGAUGGGGAUAGUUACCGUGAUGUUAUGGCACGAAGAGACCUGGAGAGAGAAGAGGAACGGGUUCAAAGAGCCAUCGAAGAGAAGGCGGCCAACGGGGACGUGGUUCAUCACAAGGCUUCGCUGGCAGAUGCCACAAGUUCACUUAGCGACAAAGAAAACAAGGAUUCAGGCUCGACAGAGGUAGCCGUCAGUCGAAAGAGAAAACAACGAUGGGACGUUACUUCGGAUUCUACGGAUCCUGCUGCCCAACCUACUGAGACAAAAGCUAAGCGCUCAAGAUGGGAUCAAACCCCAAGUAUCGGAGGUGUGGCUGUGGACGACACUCCGAGAAGAAGAUCCCGCUGGGAUCAAGCACCGGCAGCAACGCCAAUUGGCAACCAAGGACUUGUGACUCCAAUGCACCCGUCGCAGAUGGGAGGCCCUGUCAUGCCCAGUGCUUUCGGAACUGACAUAUCAAUGCGUAAUGCCUGGCUGUCAGACGAGGAAUUGGACUUGAUGCUUCCGAGCGAAGGAUACAAGAUCCUCGAACCUCCACCUGGAUAUGCCCCUAUCAGGACUGCAGCACAAAAGCUCAUGGCUACACCCGUUGCAGCCGGUGGGUCUGGGGGGUUUGGAGGCUUCAUGAUGCAGGAUCCAGACAGUGCAAGAACUAGUGGAAAGCAGCUUCCAAAUGAAAUUCCUGGAGUGGGUGACUUGCAAUUCUUCAAGGCCGAGGACAUGGCUUAUUUUGGGAAACUCACGGACGGAAGUGACGAGAACACGAUGAGCGUAGAAGAGUUGAAAGAGAGAAAGAUCAUGAGAUUACUACUGAAGGUCAAGAACGGCACCCCGCCGAUGCGAAAAACAGCUCUCCGUCAACUAACGGACAACGCCCGCCAAUUCGGCGCCGGUCCACUCUUCAACCAAAUUCUGCCUUUGCUCAUGGAGAAGACCCUCGAAGAUCAAGAAAGACAUUUGCUUGUCAAGGUUAUCGAUCGAGUGCUCUACAAGCUCGAUGAGCUUGUUCGGCCCUAUGUGCACAAGAUUUUGGUCGUCAUCGAGCCUUUGCUCAUCGAUCAGGAUUAUUAUGCCAGAGUAGAAGGCCGAGAAAUCAUCUCCAACCUGAGUAAAGCUGCUGGACUUGCACACAUGAUUAGUACAAUGCGUCCAGAUAUUGAUCACGUUGAUGAGUACGUGCGAAACACUACGGCAAGAGCGUUUGCGGUUGUCGCCUCAGCUCUUGGCAUCCCAGCCCUUCUCCCGUUCCUGCGGGCAGUCUGUCGAAGCAAGAAAUCAUGGCAAGCCAGGCAUACGGGAGUGAAGAUUGUUCAGCAAAUCCCCAUUCUCAUGGGUUGUGCUGUUCUCCCUCAUCUGAAGGGACUUGUUGAUUGCAUUGGUGGAUGUUUGAACGACGAUCAGACCAAAGUGCGAACCGUCACGAGUUUGGCUAUUGCAGCACUUGCUGAAGCAGCCAGCCCUUAUGGUAUUGAAAGCUUUGAGGACAUUUUGCAUCCGUUAUGGACUGGGGCACGGCGACAACGAGGCCGAGGCCUAGCCGGUUUCUUGAAAGCAGUUGGGUACAUUAUACCUCUCAUGGAUGAAGAAUUUGCCAACUACUACACGGGCCAGAUUUUGGAGAUCCUAUUACGAGAAUUCUCCUCUCCUGAUGAGGAGAUGAAGAAAGUUGUGCUCAAGGUAGUCUCUCAGUGUGCAAGCACAGAUGGUGUCACAGCAGGAUAUUUGAAGGAGAAUCUUCUGGACGAGUUUUUCAAGUGCUUUUGGGUUCGUCGAAUGGCCAUGGACAAGCGCAAUUACCGUCAAGUCGUGGAAACUACCGUCGACUUAGGCCAGAAAGUUGGCGUUAGUGAAAUCGUUGAGAGGAUUGUGAACAACCUCAAGGAUGAAAGUGAGGCUUACCGGAAGAUGACUGUGGAAACAAUUGAGAAAGUUGUCGCAAGCUUGGGGGCGGCAGAUAUUGGAGAACGAUUGGAGGAACGGCUUAUCGACGGUAUACUACACUCGUUCCAGGAGCAAAGCGUGGAGGACAUUGUUAUGUUGAAUGGUUUCGGAACUGUGGUCAAUGCCCUUGGGACUCGGUGCAAGCCUUACCUUCCACAAAUCGUCAGCACUAUUCUCUGGCGUCUGAAUAACAAAUCUGCGACUGUCAGACAACAAGCAGCCGAUCUCAUUUCCCGGGUUGCGAUGGUCAUGAAGCAGUGUGGCGAGGACGCUUUGAUGGCCAAGCUGGGCGUUGUCCUUUACGAAUAUCUCGGUGAAGAAUAUCCUGAAGUCCUCGGAUCCAUUCUUGGUGCAUUACGAUCCAUUGUCUCGUCCGUUGGGAUAAACCAAAUGCAACCUCCAAUCAAGGACCUCCUUCCCCGUUUGACACCCAUUCUUCGAAACAGACACGAAAAAUGUCAAGAGAAUUGCGUGGACUUGGUUGGACGUAUUGCAGACCGUGGACCAGAGAGUGUUAAUGCAAGAGAGUGGAUGAGAAUUUGUUUCGAGUUGCUUGAUAUGCUCAAGGCUCAUAAGAAGGGUAUCCGUCGAGCAGCUAACAACACUUUCGGCUUCAUUGCUAAAGCAAUUGGACCUCAGGAUGUCCUGGCUACACUUCUCAACAAUCUACGAGUUCAAGAACGUCAAUCCCGCGUCUGCACGGCCGUUGCUAUUGGUAUCGUUGCCGAAACAUGCGCACCUUUCACUGUUCUUCCAGCAUUGAUGAACGAAUACCGAGUGCCCGAAUUAAACGUCCAAAACGGUGUCUUGAAGUCACUUUCUUUCCUCUUCGAGUAUAUCGGAGAAAUGGCAAAGGACUACGUUUAUGCUGUCACCCCUUUGCUUGAGGAUGCCCUUAUUGACCGGGAUCAAGUCCAUCGACAAACUGCUGCUGCAGUAGUCAAGAGCUGCGCCCUAGGAGUCGUCGGUCUUGGAUGCGAGGAUGCUAUGGUCCACCUCCUUAAUCUUCUAUGGCCCAAUCUUUUCGAAACUAGUCCCCACGUUAUCGACCGUAUAAUUGAGGCGAUCGAGGCAAUUAGAAUGGCAGUUGGCCCAGGCAUCGUUAUGAAUUACAUUUACGCUGGUUUGAUGCAUCCAGCACGAAAGGUUCGCGAACCGUACUGGAAGAUCUACCGAUCAACAUAUGUACAGGUUGCCGAUGCGAUGGUACCAUAUUAUCCAAAUCUGGACGACGAGAAGAUGCAUAGACCAGAGUUGGCGAUUGUUAUUUGAGUUUGGGAUUUUAAGCAUGCAAUGGCGUUCCUGGGUGUAAGUUAGGACCAGUGUAUAAUGUGGGCAGAAAGCAGGUAGAGGAGGUGAUCAGAGUCAAAGUAUCCUAUGCAGACAUUUACUGAAGCAUCCCAGGUACUUCAUGUGAACGUAUUUUAAAGUAGCUGUGAGUUGUCAACCGUGUCCACUCUCGCCAUUUCAAAUUGUGCAAAUUUGUCCCCAAGUAUUUUUUGCGACAAUCCCUAUCGCUGAUUUCUACAUCAAGGUAACACCAAAAGCCGCCACCCCCAGGUGGUUUGCUGCCCCGGCGUGACCUUGAUACCAAUGUACACUCAACUUUUGGAAAUGGUCUAUCUGCCGCAGUCAAGUCGAACUGGACGCGAAGAACAUCAUCGUAGAGUGUGAUUAUCUUGGCUCCAGUAUCAAUAAAUGCAGAAUUGGAGAGGUUUGUUUUCCUUGUUCUUCUAGUUGUACGAGAGGUUUUUAUUUCAGUCUUGGAAAAGCCAUCCCUCGUUCAACCAUCAUACAGCCUGUGGUACCUGCAUUUACCUAAAAUGAAGGCUCACUGGAUUCAUGCGGUGGAUCCCGCAUCUUUCGCUACCAACAUGUCCCAUGAUCUAUCCGAACAGAAUAAUAUAUGUAUUUGCUUCAGAACGGACUUUUUGUCAUGUGUAUUAGAGGAAUACUAUGAUUUCCGCAGAAUGAGUCCGCUUCAUUCCCGUUGAGCGCAACUAAGGAUAUGGACACUCGGUACCAUACUGCUCCUUGAUGUAUAUUCCUUCUCCUGCGUUCUAGAGCGGGGUUCAGCUCGGGAUUGUUGCAUUGUCCUCGGUGGUGUACAACUCGCCCUACUAAAAGGUUCACGGAGAACACAAGACCCAAGUCUUUGGGGUCUGAAUGUCUUCAACCGCAACGAAGGUCCGAGUUACGCGCAGCAAGGUGGUAAACUCAUGAAUAGAAUAUGGUGACACGGUGCCUCAGAGCUCCCAUCUUCUGAACCCGACAGAGAUAUCUCCUACCCACCUUUGGCAUCUGCUGUGCUAUCUACCGGCUAGCCUUAAAUUACCGACCAGUCCCAACAGAGAAAUGCAAGGGCGAUCACUCGCUAACAGCAUGUCAACAAAGUCUUCCGAAUCUGUCUCGAGGGCUUCGGGCAACGUUGAAAGGUUCCUUCCGCGUCUACACAAAGUCGGCGAACUCUUUGUAUCUCUCCGAAUCACUAUACGAGUGAGUGGAAGGUCCAGCCCGUCCCAACAAAUGCUGCCAAGGCACAGGUCACACUGUCGUGCGACCUCGCCCUCCCCACGACUGUGCACCAUGAUAGUAUAGAAACAACACCUAUCAAUCUGACCAACCAUUGGGUGCUCAUAAUUUUACGACAUCGAGGUCGGAAGGCCGAGGUAUCGAUGAAGGAGGGUGAGAUUUCUGGCUCAUUUCCAAAUGCAGAGGAACGAUGCACUGCGUGGCCUUUGUGUACGUUGCAUCUCACUAGCAAUGCUGCUGCUGAAUCUAAAUUGUUGGAAUGGAAACGAGAAUGAGAUGAUCUAGAUUUCUGCAUUCCCAUGAUGCACCAAUCUGUUAAAAACGUGAGCAGAACCAGGGCAGACAAAUCCCCAUUUUUCGGAAUGUGUCGCUCGAGGAAUCAACAGCCCCAAUUCUAACGGCAGACACGGUCCUAUCGGAGCACGUUUGACGCAGAUCAAUCAAUCUAUCUACAUUCCCAGGGUUCUGGGAAUUCCGACGGGUGGGAUAUCUGCGGUACGCCUUGUUGUAUGGGAAAUGUACGGUUUCACAGCUACGGUAUCUGGAUGAGGGUGUAUCUAGCGAACACAGAUGCUGAUCCCCUGAUGGUCACGUUACAGGCGAACAACGAAGCAUUCAUGGAAGUCUACCUAGGUAGGCAAACUGCUUUAGGCAUUUUACUCACAUCUACCUACCCACUCCACUAGUACUAGUGCUAGACACCUAGAGA